AUGUUCAACCGGGGUUGCGGGGUAAGCGCAAUGAGGCACCGCGACCUCGGCACAGAGCAGGAGAAGGAACAGGGGGAAAAAAACCGACACGUGCUACCGUCAUACAAAGCAGCCAAAAAGACUAAUAAAAGAACGCCAGUACCGCUUCCUGAAUGCCUAUGCAUGGAUCCACUGUACGCUCCGAUUUACCAGUGCGAGUCUGGUCACAACAUGUGCGCCAAAUGCACCAAGGAGUCGCCAGUGUGCCCAAUUUGUCGAAAGAGUACCGGGGCAAUGAGGAACUGGCAGCUAGAAGAAAUAAUUACAUAUUAUCGAGACAAAAUGAAAGAUUUCGAUACGUCGUGAUUACUGAUUUAAUCAAAUCGUAAUACCUACCUACCUGCAGAUUCGGAAAAUGUGACAUGACA